GCUCAGGUGUGGGACCUUCCCUUGGCGCUGAGGUGACAUCAGCAUGGGGACCCUGAUGGCCGCGGUGCCCUGUCACCCCCCACAGCCUCCUGCGCCCUCUCAACAGCUGCAGGCUUAUGUGGCCUGGGUGAAUUCCCAGCUGAAGAAGAAGCCAGCAGUGAGGCCAGUGCAGGACCUGAGGCAGGACCUGCGGGAUGGGGUCACCCUGGCCCUGCUCAUCGAGAUUGUGGCUGGUGAGAAGCUGAGUGGCAUCGAGGCCAAGCCGAGCAGCCAGCAGGAGAUGAAGGAAAAUGUGGAGAAAGUUUUACAGUUCGUGGCAUCGAAAAAGAUCCGCAUGCACCAGACGUCAGCUAAGGAUAUCGUGGACGGGAACCUGAAAUCCACCAUGAGGCUGAUCCUGGCCUUGGCUGCCCACUUCAAGCCCGGCUCUGGCAGGGCUGGCCCCGCCGGCCCGGGGGUCAGGGGCUGUGCUGCUGUCCCUGGCAGUCUCCGGCCGCGCUCGGUGGCCGCCGUGGCGCAGGGCGCGGUGGCCGCGCUGGCCGAGGUCCGGCAGGAUGUCCAGCACUGCGGCCGGGACCUGCUCAGGCACAGGCAGAGGAACAGCAGCAUGGACGAGGAGAUUGAGAAUCCCUACUGGAGCGUGCGGGCGCUGGUGCAGCAGUACGAGGGGCAGCAGCCCCACCCUUCCAGCCUGACUUCACCCAGCCCUGUCCACAGUGCAAAGAGUGAAUCCACUGUAGCCCCCUCGGAGGAGAAGGAGAGACUUGUGGUCCUCCAGGCUGAAGAGACAGAGACUAAAACAGAAGAGGCCGAUUCUCACCUCCAGCCCGAGUGGCAGGCAGGGAGCUCUGGCUCCUGCUUGGAGAACUCAUGGGAGGAGCAGCUCUUGGAGCAGCAGGACCACCUGGAAAAGGAAAUGGAGGAGGCAAAAAAGAUGAUUUCAGGUUUGCAGGCUUUGUUGCUCAAUGGUUCUUUACCCGAGGAUGAGCAGGAAGGAUCCUUUGAGCUUUCUGAGCGUGGAGCCUGCCCUGAGGAGCAGCUGAUCAUCAUCCGAAGCCGCCUGGACCAGAGUGUGGAAGAGAAUCAAGAUCUGAAGAAGGAGCUGCUGAAAUACAAACAAGAAGCUCGGAACCUGCAGGGAAUAAAGGACGCUCUGCAGCAGAGGCUGGUGCAGCAGGAUGCUGCAGUCCUGCAGCUCAAGCAGGAGCUGCUGAGAGCCAACAUGGACAAGGAGGAGCUGCACAACCAGAACGUUGACCUCCAGAGGAAGGUUGAAGAGAGAAACCGGCUCCUGGCAGAGUACAAAAAGGAGCUGUGCCAGAAGGAUCGGCACCUGCAGCAGCACCAGACCAAGCUGGAUGAGAUGCUCAGGCAGCUUUCUGAGGCCAGCUACCAGCAGGUGGAUCUGGAGCGGGAGCUGGAGCACAAGGAGGCCCUGCUGGCUCACUGCAUGAAGAGAGAAGCUGAGGAGGUGAUGGCUUACAGCAGUCACAGUGCCCAGAGCAACGGCUUUCUGCAGCCAGCAGGAAAAGGAGCAGCCCCCACAGCCCACCGAGGGACCAAUGACCUGCAGCUGGUGCGGGACGCGCUGCGCAGCCUCAGGAACAGCUUCAGCGGGCACGACCCGCAGCACCACACCAUCGACAGCCUGGAGCAGGGCAUCGCCAGCCUCAUGGAGCGCCUGCACCGCAUGGACACGCACAAGAGGCAGGACAGGAGGGUAAAGGCUCCCCAGGGCACCCAGCUGCUGCCCCCUCAGCACCCCGAGGGCUCGGAGCGGGAGGUGACGCUUUGUCCUUGCUGGUUUGGCUUUGUGCCCCAGGUCCGGGGGAAAUCGCCAGCGAGCAGAGCGAGCAACGAGUGCAGAGACUCCUGGCCUCCCAAAUCCAAGCUGCCUCACUCUCAGAGCACACCCGUGAUGAGCUCCAGUGCCUGCACCAAAGUGUUGUACUUCACCGACCGCUCCCUCACCCCCUUCAUGGUCAGCAUACCAAAGAGGUUAGGGGAAGUGACUCUGAAGGAUUUCAAGGCAGCCAUCGAUCGGGAAGGAGCCCAUCGGUACCACUUCAAAGCCCUGGAUCCAGAGUUUGGCACAGUGAAGGAGGAGGUAUUCCACGAUGAUGAUAUCAUUCCUGGCUGGGAGGGGAAAAUCGUGGCCUGGGUGGAAGAAGACCACGGGGAGAAUUAAUGGAGCUUUCAAGCCCAGUUUCUAUGGAAACCUGUGACUGUCUGCAGAGCUGAGAGCCACCCAGGAGCCCAAGUGCUGGGAGGCCAAUCCAAGCUGCCAAAAAAGAGCCUCUGAGCAAGGCAGGGGUGUGCAGGCUGUGUGCAUGGACAGCUGGCACCUGAGUGCCCGUGCCCCAGCUGCUGGGACGGCUCUGGGGGACAGAAACACCCGCCUUGGCCCUGCCACCAAAACCCUGGAGGCCUUAAGGAUGCUUUGCCCCCUUCUCCUCCAUGCCUGCACUGUGUGCUGCAGGCUCAGCUGGGCAUCUCCCGUGCUGGUGUCACAGGAAACUGCACUGAUGGUGAAAAUGUGAAGCUUUGCCUUCGUGGAGAAGUUGUGCUGUGGGAGCUGAGAGCUGGACCAGCUGCUGUCCUGGAGGCUCUGAGGACAUUGCAGACUGACAGGAGCUGUCCUGGGGGGAAAGAGUCCUGUGGAGGGUUGAAGCAAAGCUCACAGCCUGGCCAAGCUCCCUUUUUCCCAAACUCAAGCUGCCAUUCCCCAGCCCUGCUUUCCCCACUUGCUCUCCAAAGCUUUUCCCAUUUCCGAGGCGUUCUGGGUUUGCUCUGCAGUUGUGUGGAAUGAAGGAUCUUGGUGCUUGUUUGUUUGCUGAAGGAUUUCAUGGGUGGGGAGCUGGAAUCAGCUGCUUCCUGAGGUGGUGACACCCCUGUCCUUGCUGUCCCUGCCCUCCCUGCUGUCACCUCCUGUGCACAGACACCCCUCUGCUGCUGUCCCCCCACUGCAGGGCCACCAAGCACUUACCCACAACAGUUCCUCACUAUGCUGAGUCCUGAAGGCUCAGGAAAGAACUGCUGGGGAAAGAACAAGCCCUAAAAUCCCCCGUGGGUGGAUUUUUUCCCUUUGGUUUUGUGGUUUUGUUUCUCUACAUGGCCUGUGGGCUUGGGAGGUCAAACGGGCUCUGCUCCUUCUGCGCCUUCCAUGGGUUGUCUGUGUGUGCUGUGCAUGAGGCUGGGAGAGGGGGCAACCUGGUUUUACUGUUUUAUAUUAACAUGUCCUUUUGUAAACAUGUUCUUGAAAUUAUUUUGUACCGAUUCACAUUUGUCUGAGGACUGUGGAUAUUUUUAUACUAGUGCAAGUGCUCUCUGUAUAUUUCUGCACGCAUUAUACUGUGUUUUACUCCUUUCCUGGUGGAUGCUGAGAUGUUUUGUAUUGUCUUCUGUUGACACAACACUGGCCUUGUAAUUUUAUUUUACUAUGGAAAUCCAACUGGUUGAUACUGGGUUUUAUAUCAAGGCUCUUACGUGGUUUCGUGCCACAUUGGCACAACCCAAGCUGCCUCAUGUUCUGGACAAUUUGUGUGACUUUCUGCUUACAGACAGCGGGAGGAAAGCUCAUCAAUGAACAAGUUAAUUAAUGGGGGAAAUACAUCCCUUUUGGAAAAGAAACAAAGAUUUUCUUUCUCCCCUGGA